AUGCCCGUGGCCGUCGAGACUAUGGCAACAACACCGAAUUCACAGAGUGCCAUGGACGCCGCAAACGACAAGAAGCGUAAUAAGUUGGGUUAUCAUCGGACGUCAGUCGCAUGUGGUCAGUCAUCCCCCAAUUUCGCUGGCUGUCUGCUUGUUGUGCCGCCUUGCUAUCUUGCGCAUUGUCGCGUAUACGCGCAAGAUCAAGAACAAGACAUGAUGCGCGCGAUCAUGCACUGCCGGCGACGCAAGAUCCGAUGCUUAGUAGCGCCAGACGACCCGCAGGGACGGUGUGAAAACUGUAUUCGAUUACGAAAAGACUGUCAAUUUUUCCCAGUUGAUCAACAACCGCCAGUGGAGAAGAAGUCACGGCCCAGUUCAAGAUUAGAGACAGCGUCUGGGGGCUCAGCGACAACUCCAAUUUCCUCGUCGCCCACCAAUUUGACCGCGGAAUCGGUCGAUACGUUCUACCAAUAUCCGCAGGUUGCUAUGAAUUCAUCAGGGCAGGAUAUGGCGACAUUUCCGCCAGGCGCGUUCGCUGGAAAUCCCCUGUCGGGCUUUGUACCAGGUAGGUUGAUGGAUCAGAGGCGGAACCCGCGUGAGACCAACCCAUGGGACCAGGGGAAUUCACUGAGACAUCCGAUGGAAGCAGGGGUCUGGGAUGAAUUUACAACGAUAUCUGACCCUCAAAUGCUCGCCACUAUGAAUGCAAACAAGAACCAGAUGAUGAAUCUAUCCCCCAAUGUGUGGCCGGCUGGAUUGCCGCCCAAUUCGCCCAUGUCAGCAGCUUCACCGAUGGCAGGUCAGGCACAGCCGAUGAAUCCCGGCACAACUUACGCGAUGCAGCCCGAUGGAACGGUCUGGCAAGUCCCACCUCAGCCGUCAAGGGCAAUGAGCUACCCCGGUCAAGACAUGGGCUCUUCCUUUCCGCAACAAUUUCAACCUCAGAUGGCCCCCGACCUCAAGCGGAGGAUGACCACUCCCGCGCAAACGGUCGCUUCGCAGGGCGCAUCAGGACCAACGCCUGACAUGCAGCUGCCCCCGGGCUCUUACCCAGCACAAGCAGGGAUGGGAUUUCCACAGUGGGCUAACAUGAACGCCGUGCCUGGCAUGACGGUGAUGCAGUACCCUAUGUACGGGGACGUCCAGCAACAACCAUUCACCAACCCUCCUCCGAUGGGGCAUCCCGGCGGACCAGGACGAUCGGGUCCCUGA